GCUCAAUAGUCAAAAGCUGGCUGCCAGAGUCUUUUCUCUUUCAUCCAUCCAGACUUCAAGAUGGGUAUUGCUCGAGACUCGCGCCACAAGCGCUCAGCAUCCGGUGCCCGCAGGGCUCACUACCGAAAGAAGAGGAAGUUCGAGCUCGGUCGUCAACCCGCCAUGACCAAGCUUGACUCGGAGAAACGAAUUCACGAGGUCCGAACUCGAGGUGGAAACACAAAGUACAGGGCUUUGCGAUUGGACUCUGGAAACUUUGCUUGGGGAAGUGAGCACGUUACCAGAAAGACCAGGUUGCUCCAGGUCCGAUACAACGCCUCCAACAACGAGCUGCUCCGAACCCAGACUCUUGUCAAAUCAUGUGUCGUCGAUGUCGAUGCUACCCCUUUCCGACAGUGGUACGAAUCUCACUACGCCCAGCCCAUCACCAAGGGAGGAAAGACCACCACGACCGAGGACGCUUCCGACAAGAAGCAAUCCAACCACGUCAAGCGAAUUUUGGAUGAGCGCAAAAAGGACGCCAAGAUCGACCCCCUGCUCGAGCAACAGUUCCGAGCUGGUCGUCUGUUGGCUAUCCUCACUUCUCGACCAGGACAGAGCGGUCGAGCUGAUGGAUACAUUCUCGAGGGCAAGGAGUUGGACUUCUACAACAGGAAGCUCCAGCUCCGCAAGUCGAAGCACGCUGCUUAGGUCUAGGACGUGAGACUUGUACUUUGAGAUGGAUUCAUGACAUGCGCAGACA